UCGCCAGCUGUCUCAGAUUCUUCAAAUAGAUUGAAUUCUUGCAUAACUUUUAUUCAUGGUUAAAAGUAAUUGUGACAGUUCGGUAAUUCGGAAUUCGUCUGGCAGGAGAAUGUCGUUGAAAGUCAAAUAUACAAAAGCCCAGAUGAAAAUGGAAAAUCUUUCAAAGGAUAAUGUUAUGUGUCAUGAAAACCGACGACGUUAAUGAGUAACUCAAAUGAAUCAAUUAUAAUAUAUACAUAUAAUGGAAAUAGUGGGUGGAGUCUUCUACUAAUAAACAUAACCACCAGCCUUAAAACAAUGAUUUAAUGCUAAGUCCUGAUAGAAAGAGUAGAAACUUUAUAUAUACAUACGUGUACUUCAGAAGAAGAUGAAUAAAAAUCAGGAGAAACGUGUCUCAUUGCCCAGAUGGCUGUGGCCAAAUUCGCCAAUGCUUCCACCUCUAUAUCGCAGAGUCUGGGAUCUUGUCAAAGAAGAUCAUCCUGGACUUGGUGCACAACAGGGUGAAUUAUUAGUUGACACAAACAAAGUUUUUCCUCUAUUACUUACAAGUCAAUUACCGAUGGAAGUACUUGGAUAUAUAUGGAGCCUUGCAAAUCAAAAAUAUGCUGGGCAGCUUACAGAGCAUGAAUUAUACAUAGUACUUGCACUAGUUGCUGUUGCUCAGGCAUCAUGUACAUUCACUAAUUUGGAUGUCUUGCACAUGGUGCCCUUUCCCCCAAUGCCCAAGCUUAAUCUACCGAUAGCUACCUCUAAACUACAUUCUACAAUAGAAAGCAAUGUGAACAAAUCAGAAGCAAAGGUGGCUACUCAAAAGACAGUUGCUAAUUCAAAGUUGCAAUCAAUGACACCAGACGAGAUUACUUUUAAUAUUACUACUCCUGAUACAAAAACUAUUAUACAACCUAAAACAAUAACAGCAGCAAGAAUGUAUUCAUUACUGUCUGCAGAAAGCAAUUUCAGUACUUCUGGUCUAGAUGGAAAACAUGGAGUUUCACAAAAAGCAACUACUUCAACAAAAAUGCACUCCUCGGUCUCUGCAGGAAGUAAUUUAGGUAACUCCAGUUUGGAUUUAAAAACAGUAGUUCAACCACAAGUAGUUACCACGUCGAAAAUGCACUCAACACAUUCUUUGGAGAGUAACAUCAAUAUUCCUGAUUACGAUGGAAAUGUUGUUGCUCAGCCAAAGGUAAUUAAUUCAAUAAAAUUUCACUCCUCAUUCUCUGGAGAAAAUACUUCAAGUAUCGCUAGUAUCGAUGAAAAAUAUAUAAUGCAAACAAAGCCACAAUUCAAGCCAGCCACCUCUACGUCAUCCACAUUAAUGGACACUUUUACCUUUGAUACUAAAAUGGAUAAGACCAGUACAUCAGUUCCAGUAGAUGCUCCACCAAUAUUUCCAUCCUCAGUGCACGUGAUGCAUACAGUUCCAGUUAUAUCUGCGACGCAAUCAGAUCCUAGUGAUGAAUUCUCAGAAUUUCAAAGUGCACCAAUUCCUAGUAUUCCAAGUAUUCCAAUCCUGGAUACUAGACAAGGUUCUGCGAUAGGCAGUAGACUAGCUAAUCACAAUCUUGGAGUGAAAAAGUCAACUGAGAAAACGAAAAAAGCAGCUUCAAUUAAAAGUAAUCAUAGUCAUCAGAAUCGUAGCAGUGUUAGUGUAAAUUCCGUAAAUGGAAGUAAAGAUCUGCUGUGUUCCGAUCGACUUUCUGAAUUAUUUCCAAAAUGUUCUGUAAAACAUCAACCAAAAACAGUCAUCUUAAAGGAUACUGCUAUUCGGAGUAUCGACUCUCCUAAGGAGAGUACAACUGUAUUCAAGGAUUUUAAUGUUACUGAGAAAAUCCCAGCAGUGAAUAUUGGAAAUUCGAUGACUCUCAGCAGUGGUGACAAGCAACCUGGAAUGAAGGAUUUUUCAGGUAUUCAACAAGACCUUAUGAAUUUACAAACAGUAGAAGAUAAGUAUAGUGCACUGAGAGUUUUGGUUGAAGAACCAGUAACUCAAUCUGCACCAAUAAUUCAACCAAUAGCUGUAACACAACCAGUAUCGAUUGUCCAAUCUGUACUGAAACCAGAUUUAGCUGAAAGUCUGUCUGAUGACUUUGGAGAUUUUGUCUCAGCCCAACAACCAGAACCUGCACAGAUGCUAAAGUCAUUGAAUUCUGGCCAAUCUUUAGAUUUUCUAAACGAUUUUGACUUUCCGCAAAGCACCACUGACAACAUUGGUAAAGGAGAAAUUUCAUUAAUGCAAGAAAUAUCUGAAUCCUUCAGUGGAUUCAAGAUUGAGGCAGAUCAGCCAGACGAUAAAAUCGAUACUAUUGCUGAAGGAGAGAAAAUUAUGCAGAGAGAAGAUACUAUAUCUGUAAAUAGCAUUGAAUCAGGAAAUGGAGCACAGAAUACUUUAAAUCGAUCUGGAUCGGUGCCUAGUUUGGAUCUGAAAUCAUUUCUACCUGCGAAUCAGGAAGAAGAGCAGCCAGUCGAAAAUAUGCACCAGCUUAUCUACUGGGAAUGGAAACAGUAUAUGGAAAGCUGCAUACUCCUACUUCAAGUAGCAGCAAAUAUAUUCACAAGCAUUAGUUCUGACGUUGUACUUCGUGAAGUAUUAUCUUCAGCGACGGGUUACAAUUUUCUUUGCAAUUUAGCGGAAGUAGCAGCUGUAUGCAGGCGAGUAAACUUUUCUUAUAAGGAAAUGGAUAUGAAUAUAAUGGGGUUUGAUGAUCUCUUGAUGGAUAUUGAUAGAAUCUGGGCGGAAAUGGAACCGUUUUAUGCUAAUAUUCCAAUCGUAACAGAAUUACCAGCCUGGCCUUUACACCAAAGCGAAAGUACGACCUGUGCUCUUUGUCUUACCGUAGUCACCAGUGGAAAAAUAACAUAUAACGAUAAUAAUUAUCACAUAACUUGUGCAAAACUAUGGUUGCAUUGUGUCAACAAUAAUUUACCAGCGUUGUGUUAUCCAUCGGCAUAUUCGCACUCAACAAUUUCUUUGAGCAGCAGUCACAUUUGAAGUAAUUUGUUCUUUAAAUAACAUAAAUAAUUCGAAGUAACUCAUGGUAAAGAAACAACUGUUCUUAACGGUCUUAUCGUACCGAAAAAAUUCAUAAAUCUUUAUUACAAGAUUUACACUAUUGAAACGAUCGAAUUAGUCAGCGUUUCAUACAUUGGUUAUAGUGGUAAUGAUAAAAUAUUUAAAUAACAGAGUAAGGAAUAUGGAGUCAAUUUUAUGUAUGAAUCAUAUCUUGUAAACUUAUGGUAUCUUGUCUACUAUCGUUGGCUUGUAUCGCGUGGCCUGUAUACAAUUCCACGGCUUUUCAUUUCGCGAAUUACACCAGCUGGCAGACGACCUGACACUGAUAUUGCAUAAACGCCCUUGCAAAAACGAUCUGAAACAUCGGACAGCAAUUACAAAUAAGUGUAGAAAUUGAAGAAUAGAUGAAUCUCUAAAUAUUCCUAUAAAACAUUACACUACUAAGAAAUGGAUAAGAUUUAAGCUUGAAGAGAAUAAAGAAUGUGUUCCAUGGAACUUUGUGCUAGCUAAAAAUAUUUUAGCUCAGGAACCAAAUAGAUAAAUAUUAUACAAACAGCA